AAGUGAUGUAUCCGUGUUACGUCAAAUGAACUAAAAACGUAUACAACAAAGAUGGCGUCUCCCAGCGAAGUAGUAGGGAAGCGUUCACACGUGGGGAAAAAGGAAAAGGCUCCAUCUCGUUACUGGCAUGAGCCACCGAAGGAGGGGAAAGAUGAAAACAAGGGAGAUAAAGAUGGAGAACGGAGUGAAGAGGCUCUGCAGCAUAAGGAGCAAAAGCCACAGAAAACAAGGAAAAGAACGCGAGAAGGAGAUGAAAUAGUUAGAAAGCAAGUCAUGUCAGGGAAAUUGGAUCCUUUCCCCGGACCUGCCCCUAUUCCAGAAGACAGGGUACAGAAGUUCAAAAGGAAAGAGAAAACUAAAACGCCUCACCAUGCUCAUUACAAGCUCAGAGACAUGAUAGUUCGCUCAGAAGAAGCUUCAGAAAUGGCCCAGAAACAAGCUGCCCGAUUUGAUAUCCUGCUCCCAGAGGAUGCUGGGUUUCUAGAAGGGGAUGAAGAUGAGGACACGUGUACCAUCUCACAGGAAGAUAUUGCACUUGAUGUGGAUAUAACCUCUGGAGCAAAGUAUUUUAAUCUGAAAUUGUCUCAGUUUGGGCCGUAUCGAGUGGACUACAGCAAGACUGGACGUCACCUGCUGCUAGGUGGCAGGAGAGGGCAUGUCGCUUGUAUAGACUGGCAGUCCAAGCAGCUGAUGUGUGAGAUAAACGUGAUGGAGUCUGUAAAUGAUGUAAAGUGGCUUCACAGUGAGGCCAUGUAUGCAGUGGCUCAGAAGAAGUGGCUGCAUAUUUAUGACUCCAAUGGAAUAGAACUUCACUGCAUCCGCAAAUUCAAUGACGUCCUUCGUAUGCAGUUCCUCCCCUACCACUUUUUGCUAGCCACAGCGAGUGCUACAAGUUUCCUGCAGUAUCUGGAUGUGUCUGUGGGAAAGGAGGUGGCAGCCAUCUGCACCAAGACUGGCCGACUCGACGUGAUGUGUCAGAACCCUUAUAAUGCUAUCAUUCACCUAGGACACCCCAAUGGCACGGUCACUCUCUGGUCACCCAACCAGAAAGAAGCCCUCGUGAAGAUGCUGUGUCACCAGGGAGGUGUGCGCUCUGUCACUGUAGACAAGACGGGCACAUACAUGGUGACGUCUGGCAUGGAUAAAAAGCUAAAAGUAUAUGACAUUAGAGCCUUCAAGCCCCUCAAGUCCUACUUCCUGCCCGCUGGAGCUUCCUGUUUGUCACUGAGCCAGAGGGGGCUGCUGUCUGCAGCCACAGGGGACGUCGUUCAGGUGUACAGAGAUGUGUGGAACACUCCAGUGUCUAAGCCCUACAUGGCUCACAGAGUUCGGGGAACCGUUUGGGGUCUGCACUUCUGUCCCUUUGAGGAUGUCCUUGGGGUUGGGCACGGAGAGGGUUUCACCAGCAUGCUCGUACCAGGUGCGGGUGAGCCUAACUUUGACGGUCUGGAUGCAAAUCCAUACCGCAGUGCAAAGCAGAGGCAGGAGUGGGAGGUUAAAGCACUGCUGGAGAAGAUCCAGCCAGAGCUCAUUAGCCUGGACCCCAGUGAGCUGGGACAAGUUGACCAAGCCACCUUUGAGCAAAGGCACCAAGACAGGGUCCAAGCUCUGGGCUUUGACCCACUUGCCAGACAAAAAUUUGUACCGAAGUUUAAGAAAAAAGGUCGUAGUUCUGCGGGCGGCGUUGAAAGGCGCAAGAAACAAGUAGCUCAUGAAGACCAGAGAGAAAUAAUCAGGAAAACUGUGGAGGACAAAAUGAAGAUGGAUAAAGAAAGGAAAGAGAGGGAGGAGAAGAAGAAGGCGAUGUUAACUAGCCAGAGAUCUGCGCUGGACAGAUUCAAAAUAUAGAAAACAAGGACCCUUUGUUGUAGGUGAACUCAUCUGUGAGCGUGGCCAUUGAGCUUUAUACACUGCUCAAAAAAAUAAAGGGAACAAAAAGAAGACAGUCAACUAUGUUGUGUUCCCUUUAUUUUUUGAGCAGUAUAUAAAGGACACAUUGUUCACAAACUGCAGAAAUGAUGUAUGUAGUCUGCUAUUAAGGACUCAUUGUGAAUGGGUUUCAGUUAAUCUGUAACCUUAUGUUGAGAGCAGUGCAGUAAAAUUUAUUGCCUUAUCCUGAGGUGCUUCUUGUCUACAUGGGCAGAAAAUGUGACGCACCAUGGCUGUCAUUGACGUCACCUAGAACUUGUGUUAAAUUGUUAUUUUUGUCUGCUGAUAAACACUUUUUUCAUUCAUAAUUGUACUCCAUGUGGAGCACUUUGGUGACAAAACAGAAUGAAGUGUUGUGUUCAACAAAUAAAAAAAUGGAUGC